AAUUAACAAGAAUGAAUUGGGUUUUAAAUGUUUUACAGAUGAUGAUACUAGGUUUCUCUCUGUUUCCUUACUGUUCCUCACGGUCUCAUAAAUCAAACAAUGGGCAAAAUCAUGAUUAUGUUACAGUUGUUUCACCGAAAUUCAAGACACAGAUUGACAAAAAGUCCGAAUAUGUAACUCAGUUAAAACAGAGAACAACAUUCAACACUGACAAAGAUGAUGAUGUUUCUGGAAAACAUUCAAUAGAUAACGGAGAUUAUGAAGACCCCUUCAGGAGACCAGAUCUUAAUUAUUUUAACAGCAACAAUGAUUAUGAAAAUAAUAAUGACCAGUCCGAUGUUAGGGAGAAAGAUCAAGAUUAUGCAGAAUCCGGUUACAUAGACGAAGAGACUAUGAAAUAUGAAAAAGCGAUUCAAAAACAAAGUGGAACUAGUCGAGUGUUUAAACACAUACCUAAAAAUAGUAUUACGAAAUAUACUGAAAUUGAUAGACCACACAGUUUCAAUAACAAAGAAGUUUUAAAUAAUUAUGUUUUUGUCGCAAGCGAUUACAGCAACACCGAUUUAAGAGAGCUAUUUAAUAAAUAUGCUGAAGAUACUGAUCGAAAUUCCAAUGCAAAGUUUGAUUUGAAGAAUUAUGAUGUUGAUAUGGACAAAUUGUUUAGGGAAAACAUAAAAUCUAAUAAAAUAGAGAAUAAAUACUAUAGCGAUAAAGUACAAAAUAAUCAUCAGAAAGAAAAUCACCAGAAGAAUAAUAUUAAUAUUAAUAAUAAUAAUGAUAAUGAUAAUAAUAAUGAUAAUAAUAAUAAUAAUAAUAAUAAUAAUAAUAAUAAUAAUAAUAAUAAUGAUCGGAGAACGGAUUCAUUGAGCAAUAGGAGACGUCUGCAAAAUUUACAGCAAUAUAAAAAUAUUUACGAAGUUCGUAAAACAAAGAAACUGAAUUAUCAUGUGAAUAAAGAGUGAAAUGACAGAAGUAAUGAGAUGUUUGAGAACUGCUUCAAGAGUUUUAACUAAAAUCAAAAAAACAUUAAUAUCAACCAAUCAAAUUAUUCAAAAACAAUCCUGUGUAAUGAUAACAUCAUUAUUAAGAGAUUAUACUAACUUUCAUAAUGUAAUCACAGUUUUCGAAUGUCUAUCUUCUUUGUUUAAAGAAAUGAUAUGAAAUAGUUUUUACAACUUUUCUCGAGUAUAUUUUCAG